UCGGUAUGUUCGCCCGACGACACCUCCUGUCUAGAACCAGAGCUGACCACCGUUAACCCCAGGCCAAGAGAGACCGGCUUCGCUUGCCAUUCGCCUUGAUUGGGUCUUUUUCGUGGAGAAUCCCCAUUUUUCCCCAUCUUCAGCGAUCCAUGUCCAUGGUACAACCAGCCUGUUGGCGACCGGCGCUGAUCUCGUCCCCAGUUUCCCCAGUCUCCCCAGACCGUUCGUUCCUCUGCCGGUUGGCUAAGCACCAGAACGGAAAAGGCACAGGAUUAGCGUACAACGUGGUGGACUUCCCCUUGUCUCGAUGGAAACAUAAAGAGGAGCCGGUCCCAUCUAAGAUCACUCCUCAUCCCAAGACAGAAAGGUAGCCGGCCUUCUACCUCCAGUUGAUCAUCACACUACUGCUGGUGUCGGUCUUCUAGCACAUCACCUUACCCAUUUCGAUUCGACCUUUGCCAGUCCAGUCCAGUCAGUCAAUUGCAACACCAUGGCAGACGCAGUCCUCGCCCACAAGGUUUCGGCCGACCUCAAAGACAUGGAAGACGGUCCCCAGGUGACCGAAACCGAGAACCAGCGCGUCACCUUGACACAAGAAGAUAACCGUCGCAUCCUUCGCAAAACCGAUCUCACAAUCCUCCCCAUCCUCGCCUGGGUCUACUUCCUCCAGAUCCUCGACAAGACCGUGCUCGGCUAUGGCGCCAUCUUCGGCCUACGCGAAGACACCCACCUCAAAGGCAACCAAUACAGUCUCAUCGGCUCCAUCGCCCCCAUCGCCCAGCUAGCAUGGCAGCCCUUUUCCUCGAUCCUGAUCAUCAAGGUCCCGCACCGCAUUCUGAUGCCCACUCUCGUUCUCGGCUGGGGCAUCGCCCAAUCCCUGACGCCUUUGUGCAAGAGCUUCCCUGCCCUGCUGGCUAUCAGGUUCUUCUUGGGCCUGUUCGAGGCUGGCUGUUUGCCCCUGUUCUCCGUGAUUACGGCGCAUUGGUACAGGAGGAGCGAGCAGCCGGUCAGAGUGGCGGCGUGGUACGGCACCAAUGGUCUGGCGACCAUCUUCGCGGCGGCGCUGUCUUUUGGUUUGGCCAAGAUUCACAGCCCCGUGUUGGCGUCCUGGCAGAUUAUCUUUUUGUUUACGGGGCUGAUGACGAUUGUUACGGUGCCUUUCAUCUACUGGAAGCUGGAUAACAACGUCCAUUCGGCCAGGUUCUUGACUGCGGAGGAAAAGCAAAAGGCUAUCGAGCGACUGAGGGCAAACAACAACGGCACCAGCGAUGGCGAGGCGCACAAGUUCAAGUGGUCCCAGGUCGGAGAGGUGUUUUUGGAUAUCAAGACGUACCUCUUCAUCGCCAUGUCGCUGGCGAAUAACCUCGGCGCACAGGUGGUUAACACCUUUGGUCCACUGAUCUUGAGCGGCCUGGGUUUUGAUAACCACAAGACUACGCUGCUCAACAUCCCCUUCGGCGCGGUCCAGUACGUCGUUAUCCUUGGCGUCGCCUGGACCAGUGUGAAGUUGCGGUCGGGCAAGGGUGUUGCCCUCUUGGUUAUUCUCCUCCCCAUCCUGGCUGGCAUCUCUGUGCUAUACGUCCUUCCCCGCGAUAAGUCGCACACGGCGCCCCUGCUAGUGGGCUACUACUUCCUCGCCUUCAUCUUUGGCUGCAACACGCUGGUUAUGUCCUGGAUUCUCGCCAACACUGCGGGAUCGACCAAGAGCAGUGUCAUGAUGUCGCUGUACAACGCUGCUUCUUCGGCAGGCAACAUCAUUGGCCCCUUGUUGUUCGACACGGCCGAUGCCCCUGCUUACACGCCCGGGCUGAAGGCUACUUUGGGAGUGUACAGCAUGAUGGCGGCGGUUGUGCUGCUGCAACUGGGUAACUUGGUGUUGCUGAACAAGAUGCACGAGAAGAAGCGCGUGGCGAAUGGCAAGCCGGCCAAGCUGCAUGAUGCUUCGAUGGAUAAGAAGUUCAAUGCGGGUGCCGCCCAAGAAGGCGACAUUGGAAGCCGGGCUUUCUUGGACUUGACGGAUCGUCAGAAUGACGAGUUCAUUUAUGUAUAUUAG